UAACGGAGCGGCUGCGGGCUCGCCGAGCACCUGGAUGCAGGUGGAGAGCCGCCGAACUGCUCUGCUAGGAAGGGGUUCCUCAGGGCGGGGUCCCCGCCGGGAGUUGUGCGGGCCGAGCCCACAAAAAGCUCCCCUCCGUUUUCAGCCCUCCGUCCUUCCCUGCUCUUAAAAUAAUGAUGCGUUGCCUCUUUCCUGGGCAUUGUAUAAUUUUAUUAAGUGGGGUUUUAAGGUACAGGAGAGAGGCAAUGAAAUGUUUUUCUUAAAGGCGAUAUGCAAGACCUCCCGUCAUUUGCUGGGGUUUCCUGUGUGUCCCGCAUUGUGCUUAGCGCUUUGAGGCUAAUUCUCAGAAUAACCCACCCGUUAGGCAUCACCCUCAUUUUACAGGUGAACCUCGGAACCAUCCAAGCACCAUUCGAUCCUGGACUACGGCUAACACAGUCCUCAGGUAGAUUGCAGCUAAAAAGAAUGGCAGGCUCGUAUAGUAGACCCGAUGCAUGCUAAGACAGGACGAGGCAAAGACGCCAAGCUGCGAAAGAAUUUCCGUGCGAGCCGGUUUUUAGAACGAAGGAGGGGUGUGUGUUGCGUGAAGCUCGUGAAACCAUCUGGAAGAAGACACGCCAAAGUCAGUGGCUCCUGGGCACGGAUUGGAGGGGACAGGGCUUGGCUCAGCGGGUUGAGAAGGACCACGCACGCGUCUUGGAUCACAAGAGUCUAGAGGUUUUACGGAGCCCGGUUCCAGGACAGCCUCCGGUCUGCUGCGAGACCCCUCAACGCCAGGUUGCAGGGCCCGAUGGCGGCGAAAGCCCAGCCCAGCGCUCCCAAAGCCAGGCGUCCAGGCGGGGCUGCGGCACAGGGACAGUGGGGUCGUGCCUGGGAGGUGGAUUGGUUUUCCCUGGCCAGCGUCAUCUUCCUGCUGCUGUUCGCGCCCUUCAUCGUGUACUUCUUUAUCAUGGCGUGUGACCAGUACAGCUGCUCGCUGACCGCACCCCUGCUGGACCUGGCCACCGGGCGUGCUCGCCUCUCGGACAUCUGGGCCAAGACGCCGUCUCUGACGAAGGAAGCGGCCCAGCUCUAUGCCUCGUGGGUCACGUUCCAGGUGCUUUUGUACGUGUUGCUCCCUGACUUCUGCCACCGGUUCCUGCCCGGCUACGUGGGAGGCAUUCAGGAGGGCGCCGUGACCCCCGCAGGGGUCGUCAACUUGUACGAAGUCAACGGCCUGCAAGCGUGGCUCAUCACGCAUCUGCUCUGGUUUGCCAACUCCCACCUCCUGUCCUGGUUCUCUCCGACCAUCAUCUUCGACAACUGGAUCCCGCUGCUGUGGUGCGCCAACAUCCUCGGCUAUGCCGUGUCCACCUUUGUGAUGGUCAAGGGCUACUUCUUCCCCACCAACGCCCAAGACUGCAAAUUCACAGGUAAUUUCUUCUACAACUACAUGAUGGGCGUCGAGUUCAACCCCCGGAUCGGGAAGUGGUUCGACUUCAAGCUCUUCUUCAACGGACGCCCGGGCAUCGUCGCCUGGACCCUCAUCAACCUGUCCUUCGCCGCCAAGCAGCGGGAGCUCUACGGCCACGUGACCAACUCCAUGGUCCUGGUCAACGUCCUGCAGGCCAUCUACGUGCUGGACUUCUUCUGGAACGAGGCCUGGUACCUGAAAACCAUCGACAUCUGCCACGACCACUUCGGGUGGUACCUGGGCUGGGGAGACUGUGUCUGGCUGCCCUACCUUUACACGCUGCAGGUGAGGAUGGGGUGGGGAGCCCCUGGCCCCAGGCGCCCGCUGCUCGUUCUCCAGGCCAGGCCGGGGCUGCCCCCCAGGCAGAGGGCUGAGCACGUACUGAGCUUUGCUCCUGCACAAGGGCGUGUCCUUGGCAGACGUGGGAGCCGGCGAAGGCUUAGUGUGUGAGUCGGCUCGGGCGGCCACAGCAAAGUCCCACAGGUGGGGGCUUAAGCCACAGACACUGUCCCCAGUCCUGAGGGCUGGAAGUUUGGGACCCAGGUGUGGGCAGGGCCGGUUCCUCCCGAGGCCUCUCUCCUGGACGUGUGGACGGCGUCUCCUUCCUGUGUCCCCACAUGGCCGUUCCUCUGCGUGUCUGUGUCCUAAGAUCCUACGAGGACACCAGUCACGUUGGAUUAGGCCCUAGUGACCUCGCUUUACCUUAAUCAGCUGUUUAAAGGCCCCUCCUCCAAAUGUCA